AUGGCCCAUGCCAAAGCACCUCGGAAUGGGCCGAACCUGGAGAAUCCACCGAGGAAGAUCAAGCCCAUUGGAAGAUCAGACCCAGAAGGAAGAAAACUUUUGAAUAUAGGCCCAAUGGCAAAUUUCUCUCUAAUUCACAGGCAUCCCUUUUUAAUGUUCCUUGUUCCACUCUACACUGAAGAGACGUGGGAACUAGUGCUGGAAGAAGAGGCCUCGAAUCUGAUCAAAUCUUUUUUGACACAUACAGCUGGAUCUCUCAUGAAUCUCACUGAAAAGGUUUUCUCCAUGACAUACAGCGUUGUUGCUAAGGUGGCCGUUGGUAAGAAAUUUCAUGGGCAAGAAGAAUUUUUAUCACUUAUCAAGGAUACUAUGGAGGUAGCAGGAGGUUUCAAUGUUGCUGAUCUCUUUCCUUCAGUUAAAAUACUUGGUUCGAUAAGUGGGCUGAGGCCUAGAGCUGAGAAGAUUCAUCGAAAAAUUGAUGAGAUAUUUACUACCAUUAUUGAUGAACAUAAAGCAAGAGUUGGUGAAGUUGUUGAUCACGAAGACCUGAUAGAUGUGCUUUUAAAAGUUUAG